AUGCUCGCAGCGUACCUCCUCUCAGUGCUGUACCUCGCCCUCACCUCGGCGCUGGCCUCGCCCGCCGCCCUGCCGGACUCGAGGUCCACGCCGGCGAUCCCGCCGGCCGGGUUUGCGAGGCGCAACGGCGCGACCAUCUACGUCGACAACACGCCGUACUACUUUGCUGGCGCGCAGCAGUACUGGCUUACUUCGCGCGCGACGACCGACGACGUGUGGAGGAAGACGUUUGACAGGUACAAGGAGCUCGGGGUGCGCGUUGCACGCGUGUUCGUGUACGGCAUCGACGCGACAGCCGGCCCGUCGCCGGCGGUGUACCAUAACUGGAACGGCGCGAAGCUCAGCGUCAACUAUGGCGAGAACGGCCUCGGGCGCAUCGACAAGAUGCUCGCCAUGGCCAAGCAGUACAACAUGAAGCUUAUCCUCGUGCUGGCAGACAACUGGGGCGCGCAGUCGGGAUCGGCCAACACGUACGUCCGCAACGUCAUCGGCGCGGCGGGCAACUACCACUCCGACUUCUUCACCAACGCGGCCGUGAUCAAGGUGUACGAGCAGUACAUUGCGGCCGUGGUCGCGCGGUACAAGGCCUCGCCGGAGGUGUUUGCGUGGGAGCUCAUGAACGAGCAGCAGGGAGACAUUACGUCGAUUGACGGGCGCCGUGCUAGACCCGGCUUCACCGCAGCGAUGAUGACCAAGUGGAUCGCCGACCGGAGCAAGUACAUCAAGUCGCUCGACCCGUGGCACCUGGUCUCGAUCGGCGACUCGGGAUACUACAACUGGCCCGGGAACACGCGCCACACGUACGACGGCAAGGUCCAGAUGGACUUUGAUGCCAACCUGCGUAUUCCGACAGUCGACAUCGGCACGUUCCACCUGUACGAGUGGUUCCAGCCGACCAAGGAGUGGGGGCUCGAGUGUAUCAAGGCGCACGUCGACAACAUGAAGAAGAUUGGCAAGCCCGUGUUCUGUGAGGAGUUUGGCGCGGCCGGAGGCAACAACCAGACUGCCAUCUACCCCACCUGGGUCAAGACCAUGCUCGACGGCGGUCUCGCCGGCAUCAUGCCGUGGCAGGUAUCCGGCGUGGGCAUAUACAAAUCGGCCUCGCAGAAGACGUUUGACGACCUCGACAUCUACCCCGAGAAGACGGUCGUGUGGUCGACGCUCAAGAACAUGGCCGCGGUGCUGAACGCGCGCAAGUAG